UGCCUCGCGACGAGUGUUUGCACUCCCUGGCUAGCAUUGCAUACAGUGCAAGUACUUCAGCGAAAACCUUAAACAUGGUUUACGUUUUAGUGUUAACUGUGUUUUAGUGUGUCAGUCGAGUCGCCUGUUUUUYCUAAGCAGAAAUAAGAACUAAUGAAAGAAACAAUGAAUAAAAAGUUGUCUCUCUCGUUACCAAACCUCAGGACAGACUCGCUCGUGAACGUAUCAUCAGCAGAAAGAAGCUCCAGCUGCGCAGAGCUACAGGCAAACAAAAACAUGGAGGGUGGUGUUUUAACUGCUGAAAUGGUGUCCAGCUGUUUAUCCCAGCCUGAAUGUUUCUGCAUGAAGCUGCAGCAGAUCUGUUACCUUUCACUACCUAGUCGCAGUCUGRGUGACRUAUCUGUGUUACGCAAUUAUAYUCAUCUUCAAAAGUUGGAAUUGCCACACAACAAAAUCAAAGAUUUAUCCAGCUUAAGCCACAUGCCCYGCCUUGCCGUCCUGGAUGUUUCUCACAACGAAAUCCGCGACUUCUUUGCGUUCCAGCCUCUCCAGCACCUACAGGAGGUCAAUUUCUCUUACAACCUUAUGACAAAAAUGAAAGAUUUGUCAGCCUUUAAAUCCCUUCGUAAGCUGGAUCUAGACUAUAACAGCUUCUGCAAGAUCAGUGGUCUUGAGCAGUGUUGCAGACUCACCCAUCUCAGUCUGGCACAUAAUAAGAUCACAAAGAUCAGCGGCCUUGACGGUCUGCCUCUCACACACCUCUGCCUUAAGGGGAACCUAGUUGAAAGAACUGAAGGGCUGGAGAGUGUAAAGACCCUGCAGAUUCUUGAUUUGUCUUUAAAUCGCAUCACCAGCCUUUCAGGCCUCCAGAGCCUCCACCUUCUAGGCUCCAUCAACUUGGAGAAAAAUCAGAUUACAGAGAUUCAAGAAGUUGAGCAUAUUCACAGUCUUUUACUGCUGAGGGACCUCAAUCUGCAGGAAAACCCCGUGCAGGAGGAGCCAGAGUACAGACUGACACUCAUCUUCCACCUUCAACAUCUGACUAUCCUGGAUCAAGUGAAAGUCAGCACUGAGGAAAAGGUGACAUCAGUGAACAUGUAUGACCCUCCCUUAGAUCUCGUGGCAGCGAGGGAUCACAUGACCCAUGUAGUUUAUCAUCUGAUGCAGCCCCAGGCUCUACACUACAGCACGCCGGCCGCUGCAGACUCCCCCUACCCUGUGUUUGUGCUGACAGGUCCCGAAGGMUGUGGGAGGCAGGAGCUGGUUCACAGGCUGUGUGAAGAGUUCAGUGCAUACUUGGGUCACGGGAUCUGUCACACCACACGUAAACCAUGCUUUGGAGAGAAGAAUGGAACCGACUACCACUUUGUCAGUGAAGAAGACUUUCAGAACAUGAUUUACAUGGGUAAGUUUAUCCAGACCAUGCAGUAUGGGGGUCAUCAAUUCGGCCUCACCAGAGAUGCCGUAGAGGAGGUGGCUAAAGAGGGACUGGCUUGUUGUGUGCACACGGAACUGGAGGGUGUGUUCGGUCUAAAGAAGAGCUACUUUGAGCCUCGAUACAUCCUGCUUCUACCCACUCAGCAGAAGUACAUCAACCACCUGAAAAGUGGUGUCUGUACUCCAGCGCAGAUGGAUGUUGCAGUGUCACGUCUGGAGCUUUAUGCCAACACCAACACACAACGCCCUGGAUUCUUUGAUUCUGUUAUUCCUUGUGAUGACUUGGAAGAAGCCUACCAGACACUGCAGCAGAUGGUGAAGGACUACCUGUCGCUUGCGGCGGAAGAAGAGAACAACAGAGAAACUUCCCCUGAUUGCACCUUCACAGGUCUCUCAGAGGGACUCUUCACCUGUUUUACAUGUCAAUGUACGACAAUCAGCAACAUCAACACCAACCCCUUGCCAGGUUACAACCCAGUAGAGAAGCCAACCUCACCACGGUCAGGAACAGUAUCUGGGACACCUUCUUCACUUUCUGACCCGUCAGACUCCACAUACAAACCCUAUGCCAUCCAGAAAGACCUGAGCUCUCAGAUAAGCUCGACUGAGCUAGAGCUUCCAUCAGGAAGCGAGAGCAGCUACUGAGUUUUUCUCCAGCUUCAUCAUCAUCAUCACUUCCCAGUACCCCGUUUCAUGAGAGCAGCUAAGUACAGACAACAAACUGCUUCUCAUGUUCAACCAAUGCAGUCAAUAACAAAUUAGAAAAACAAACCCAUGGAAUUACUCUGACAUGACUUUUCAAUUCAGAUAACCUUAUUGACUUAUAAAGAACUGAAAAKAGGUAGAGGGAGACUUGUUGCUUCAUUAAGAGCAAUCCCAAGCUGAAGGUUUCUGUGUUUUAUUGGCAUUCUUGACCCCAAAAGACCAGUUUUUCAAAUACAGGCUCAUUUUUAUAGACCUGUUAUAGGCCACGCGAGGACUAAUCUCUGCACACUGACCACACAUACACAGUCAUACGCUGCAUACACAUCAAUGCGCCCACUCAUAAAUUCAGGUUUUGUGGCUUUUUGUUGACUUGAAUUCCCAUCUGUGUAUACUAGACUCAAUAAACAGGCAUACUGCUCAAGUCAAAUCAAAUUAAUUAGAUGUACAAUAAUUGCUGUCUUUUGUGCGAUGAUGUGUGUCAAUGCAAUCGCAGCUGUAAAAUUGAUGUAAUUAAAAUAUCUAUUGAUUUUUUUAUAUGAAAUCUGAGGUGUGUAAAUACAGUGAUCAGUACCAAUUGACCUGUUUCAUUUUUGGCUCGAGCCCAACACGUUCUGUCAUCAGAGGGAUUUCUGCCCUCGGUGCAGUUUGUAUUACUCAGCCCUUCAGAAUUUCUGUGGAUUCCACACAUUUCAUCUACUUGUUGGAACUUCUCCUAACAGGGAUGUGCCCUCACCUGUGGAUUGAUCCCACAUAUUGUAACUGACAUGAACAGAUUAUCAAAGGGAGAUUAUCAAAGGGGCUCAGGCCUCACAUUGAUCUGAAACUAGGACUUUUCUUGAUUUUGCGUCAUUUUAUAGACACUUUUAUUUAUUUGUGUCUAAUUUUUACAUCAUAUCAUUUGGAUUUCAUAGUGUUUAUUUAUUUAUUUUGUUUUUGUUUCAUUUUGAUCAUUUCUUUAUGACUUCUUUGUUUCAUAAUGUGGUCAUUUUGUGUUGUUGAUGUUUGUGCCUUAGGUUAUUUUCAUUUUAUGGUUGCUUUUUGUUCAGUUUUGAUCACUUAUGUCUCGUUGUUUGGUAUUUCCUGUUUUUUUAAAGUUUUCCUUGAAAAAAAUGUUUGUUUGUUUCAUGUUUUCCAACAAUUUUGCUACUUUUCUCUUUUAUCAGCAGUAUACUUAUGUAUUUUGCAACCCACAUUACACUUGUCUCUAGAUAAAAUCUUUGUAUCUUUUA